AUGGAUUCAAUUUUAAUUCCUGCCUUUCGACUACAAGAAUCGAUGAAAGAAUUGGUCGUUGAUCCAGCACUGCAUGGAGGAAUCCAAGUUUCCAAAAUCACAUCCAAUGGAGCAAUUCGUUCGCGAAUAAUCUCCCUCUCUUCAGACAACCUCGCUCUCUUCAUUACACAUGAGAAAAUCAAGCAUCCAAAUGCCUCGGCGACUUCAGUUGCAGCUAGAUUGCCUGUUCCAAUGUACACCUUGUCGAAAGGAUUCUCCUUUUCUGGUUCCAAACGCCUGACGGACCAAUAUACUCGUCACAUCGAUGCAUCAGACCUUGACGGCUGGCAAACUGGCGUUAUUGGGACAAUCAAGUUGGAAAAUGCAAGGGCGAGAAACCCAAAGCUCAGCUGGGAUCGGUUGGUGCACAAAACAAUCACUAUUUUUCACCAUGGACUCCAAACUGUAGACUUUAUCGUUGAGAACGACAAUCAUCGAAACGCGUUGAUCAAAGCAAUGGAAGAGAUUCGGAAACGAUAUCAUGCCAACGAGCAAACAAUCGCCAAUGAUUCAUUACUGCUGAGAUAUGUUUGGUAUGAUAUUGAUACAGAUAAGGAUGCAAAGAUAUCAGAAAAGGAAUUCUUGAAGCUAUGCGAUCGCAUCAAUCUACAAAAAAGCGAUCUGAAGAAAAAGUUUAAAGACUUUCUACGUUCGAGCAACAGCACUCGAAAGAAGCUAGUUUAUGGAGAAUGCAAAGCUCUACUUCAAUCCAUCAAAUCGGAAAUGACCGUAUCCAUGACGGAAGAAAUAUUUUCAAAGAUAUUUGGAGACGACUUCAAACAAGGGGUUUCGGCCAAGGAUCUGUUAAAAAAAUUCUUGAAACAAGCUCAAGGGGAUGGUAAUGCCAGCUUGGGUGAUGCUAAGAGACUUAUUGCGACGUUUCAGACACUUGAGAUGGACACGGUGAAAAAGAAUAAUACCGCUGAUACGUUGACUGAUUUUGAUGCCUUUGAAGAGUAUCUUUUAUCCGAGUCCAAUGAUGCAUAUGACCCGAGAGCAAGGGAGUCGAGUCCGAAGCUUGACAAACCCAUAUCCCACUAUUGGAUCAAUACAUCUCACAAUACAUACUUGACUGGGGAUCAGCUCAAAUCUAGAUCUUCGGUCGAAGCCUAUGUCAAAUCAUUAAUGCGAGGGUGCAAGUGCCUUGAACUUGAUUGUUGGGAUGGAGAUGAAAAGACGAAUAAAGCUGUCGUUUAUCAUGGUUUCACCCUCACAACAAAGAUCCUCUUUCGUGACAUUUGCUUGGUUGUGAAGAGCUAUAUCGAUGCCAAUGGGGGUGAACUCCCCAUAAUCCUCAGUCUGGAGAACCAUUGCUCUCAUCCAUUCCAGCGAGUCAUGGCUCAAGACAUGGAAGAAAUUUUCGGUUCAUUGUUGUUCGUACCGUCUGAGAAGGAAAUUGGAAAGAAUGAACUCCCAAGUCCAGAAAGUUUGCGAGGCAUGAUUCUAGUGAAAGGGAAAAGGCCAGAACAGUUGGAUGAUAUUGCCGACGAUGAGACCACCGAUGCGGAGAUCGAUGGGGAUGAUCCAUACAGCGAUCAGUACAAUGGAGCACCAGUGGAGGAAAUAAAAAAGGAUCCCAAGAAGCUACCAAAAAUUGUUCAAGAACUCGCGAGACUGACUCUCUUUCACGGGAACAAAUUCAAGUCAUUCCAACAGUCCAAAGCUCAGGAUCCAUCACACAUGCACUCCUUCAGCGAAACAAAAGUGGCAAAAAUCAUCCAAAAGAAGAACGAAAAUUCUAACCUCUGGCGAGCGUACAAUGUCUCCCAUAUGAGCCGAACGUACCCUGCGGGAAUUAGGGUAGACUCUUCGAAUUACAAUCCGUUGUUGGGUUGGAGUUUGGGUUGUCAAUUGGUUGCCUUGAACUUUCAGACACACGAUACUAAUCUAAUGCUGAACGACGGUAGAUUCCUUCAGGGAGGUGGAUGUGGAUAUGUGCCAAAGCCAAUGAGUACAAUGAAGGCACGUGAUUUUCGUGCGAGCAAUCGAAUUGUGAUAAAAGUUCUCAAGGGCAACUGUAUACCAAAACCGCGAGGAGAUGCUAAUGGCGAGAUUGUUGACCCAUACAUUACUGUGGAGUUGCACGACAUAGAUUUCAACGAUGGGAAAGAAGAAGUUGUUAUAUCCUCUGAAACAACGCCGGUGAUUUCGGACAACGGAUUUUCUCCACUCUGGGACAGUGAAGAAAUGACAUUCGAAGCAAGGCAUCCUGAUGUUGCCAUGUUUUUAUUCAAGGUGAUUGACCAAGACCUUGGGCUCGAUGAUCACAUUGCAAGUGCCGCAGUCCCAGUCUCUUGUUUGCGGCGAGGCUAUAGAUCUCUUCAGCUUAGGAGCCCGGUGGAUAACUCGAGGACAGGACCAUUCAUGUUUGCUAGCCUCCUGGUACACAUUGAUCACGAUAUGGAAUACUUGCAUUGA